AUGGACGAAGAGAAUGCAGAAGUCCUGGCAAACCGCAACGAGCCCAUCCCGGUGCUGUCGGUCUCGAAGCCGAAGCGCGAGCGUGAAGGGUCGCCAGACAGCGCACACUCGCGGUCGACUUCGCAGUCCAAGAACUCGAUUCAGGACAGGCUUUUCAGCAAACUACUUCAACAAGUCAUCCCCACCGACGAUGACGACGAUGAAUCGAACCCCGGGGACCAGUCCUUUGCGACAUCUCCUAAGAGACCGGGGUUCAGCUUGCCAGCAAUGUCAAAUAAUUUCCGCCGCUUUAAUGCACGAAUUGGUGUGGUCUUUCUAUUCCAGAAUCGGGUCGAGCGCCUGUUGAGCUGGAAGACUCCGACACAUACCGCAUCGUUCUUAUUUGCUUACUCUUUUAUCUGCCUGGACCCCCACCUGCUCUUGGUCCUGCCUUUGGUGGUCCUGUUGUUGUUCAUUAUGGUACCGGCGUUCAUCACUCGUCAUCCCCCACCACCUUCGACUUCAACCUCGAGCACGACACCGUACUACUCUUACGAGGGCCCUGCGCUAGCGCCGGCGCGGACGAUAAAGCCCGCCCCAGAGACCUCCAAGGACUUCUUCCGAAACAUGCGAGAUCUGCAGAAUUGCAUGGCGGAUUUCUCGGACAUUCACGAUGCGACUAUCUCCGUGUUUGCUCCGCUGACCAACUUUUCGAAUGAGAAGUUGUCUUCCACUAUUUUUUUGAUCUGCACAAUGGCCGCAGUGGGGCUCUUCUUGACAGCCCAUCUGUUGCCGUUGCGACUAAUCAUGCUUGUGGCUGGCAAUGCAGCAGUCUUGUCAAACAAUCCAAAAAUACGGCUAUUCUGUCAGGGAUUGAUGGAGGAUGUGGGUAGUGGCUUGGAUGACCUUCAUCUCCCGCUUCCUGGGGAAGGUGAAGACCGGGAUCUCUUCGGCACUGCAGUCCCGGAAUCUCCCUCUGCAGCCAUCUCAGCAAUGGAGAAACUGGUAGACAUAUCAGUCGACACCGACCCAGAAGAAAGGGAGGUGGAGAUCUUUGAAGUUCAGCAUCGUAUUACAGGAUCAUCAGAGUCUGGCUGGGAGAAUUUCCUGUUUAGUCCGCAACCUUAUGAUCCGCUAUCGCCCUCUCGAAUUGCCGGAGACCGGCCUCGCGGAUGUCGCUUUUUCGACGACGUUCGACCUCCAUCUGGUUGGAAGUGGAAGAGCAAGAAAUGGGAGCUUGAUCUGGAUUGCCGUGAGUGGGUUGUGGAGCGUAUGAUCACAGGAGUUGGGUUUGAGGUUCCCGGCGUCACACCAGAAGGCAACGCGAUCAUUGAUGAAGUCGGCGGCUGGGUAUGGGAUUUGCCUCCUCCUCCUCCUCCUCCAGAAUCGCGUACGGAGGAGAAAGAAGAGCUGCCUACCAUGGCCUACGGUGAUUUGGAAACAGAACCGGAGUCUUCUCAAACUAAAAACGGAUCGUCUUCCAAGGACAAAGCCUGGGUCAAGUAUGCUCGCGGAGACUGGGAGGAGGCUGCGGCUGCCUCCUACGGCGUGGGUGAAUGGCGUCGCCGGCGAUGGGUGCGAGUGGUGCAGCGCAUGGACGCUCAACCAGCCGGAACCGUGACAUACUCGACCCUUGGCCACAAUUGA